AUGGGCUGGGGGGGGCUGCAACUCCUGGUCCUGGCCGGACUAACGGGGCUGGCUGCCAGCACACUGGAUUUCCACGGGAAAGGCUGCGAUGAGACGGAAUCGCUCUCCAGAGUUCCCAGCAACCACAUGACCCGGUCCAACAGAGUCUGUGGCCGCCCCAGAGCUCAGUACCGGAACGUGGGGGGUGAGGAUUCGAUGGAAGGUGAGUGGCCCUGGCAGGCGAGUCUGCUCUGGAACAACAAACACCAGUGCGGGGGAUCCCUCAUCUCCAACCAGUGGGUGGUGACGGCGGCUCACUGCUUCCAACGGAGUACAAACACCUCCAACUAUAUGGUUCUGCUGGGAGUCAACAAGUUGGCCAACAGUCAACCUCACAAGCUGUCCUUGGGCGUGAAACGCAUCAUCCGCCACCCAAAAUACAUAGGGGAAUCUUCCAGCGGAGACAUAGCCUUGGUGGAGCUGGAGAGACCCAUCCAAUACACCGAUUAUAUCCUCCCCAUCUGCCUCCCAGCUGCCUCUGUCCAGUUCCCAGCAGGCAUGAAAUGCUGGGUAACGGGCUGGGGCAACAUCCAGGAAGAGGACCUGCCAGCCCCGCAGACCCUCCAGAAGCUUCAGGUGCCCAUUAUAGACCAGAGGACCUGCAAGUAUCUCUACAGCAUGGCACUGGGGGGGAAGUUCCCGCCCAAGUCCAUCCAGGAUGACAUGAUGUGUGCCGGGUAUGCUGAGGGCAUGAAGGAUACAUGCAAGGGGGACUCCGGCGGCCCGCUGGUCUGCAAGGCCUCCAAGGAGUGGCUGCUGGCUGGGAUCGUCAGCUGGGGCGAAGGCUGCGCCAUCAAGAACCGCCCCGGUGUCUACAUCCGCCUCACCUCCUAUGAGGCCUGGAUCCACGACCACGUCCCCGACAUCGAGUUUGUGCCAGAAGAGAAGGGGAGGAACAUAUUCGGGAAUGCUGGGGCUGGCUGGGCCACGAGGACCAGCAUGACCACCUGGCUGCUGCUGCUUAUGGGGCUGCUCCUCAUCGAGGGCUAG